UCAGAAACUCUAUAACAAACAUUCAGAAACUACGCUUAGUGAUCUUUAAGAGAAAUGUCUUUUGUACUAUGGAUAUACACUAUUUUACCAUAUACUAUGGUAUACAAUCAGUAUUACGUUAAACUAAAUAUACUAUUUUAUGUUACACUGUAAAAGAGCCGAUGAAGAUUUGCCCAGCCCUUUGGACACGAAUGUUGUGUUGCGGUACACUGGUGAGAUCACAUGGGAUGCUCCAGCCAUCACCAAAAGCUCAUGUGUGGUGGAUGUAUCCUACUUUCCUUUCGACAAUCAGCAGUGUAAUCUCACCUUUGGCUCUUGGACCUAUAACGGCAAUCAGGUGGACAUCACCAUGGCUAUGACUAGUGGUGACCUCUCAGAUCUGGUUGAGAAUGUGGAAUGGGAGUGUGAUGGCAUGCCUGCCACCAAGAACGUGAUCAUGUAUGGCUGCUGCUCAGACCCAUACCCGGACAUCACAUACACACUGCUACUACGCAGACGCUCCUCCUUCUACGUCUUCAACCUGCUGCUGCCUUGCUUCCUCAUCUCAUUCUUGGCACCACUUGGCUUCUUCCUGCCUGCAGACUCAGGUGAGAAGGUCUCUCUGGGCGUCACCGUGCUGUUGGCGCUUACCGUCUUCCAGCUGGUGGUGGCUGAGAGCAUGCCACCCUCUGAGAGUGUGCCACUGAUAGGGAAAUACUACAUUGCGACGAUGACAAUGAUCACAGCCUCCACCUCUCUCACCAUCUUCAUUAUGAACAUCCACUUCUGUGGUCCUGAAGCCAAACCAGUCCCCCGGUGGGCCAAAGUGUUGAUCAUUGGCUAUAUGAGCAGGAUCUUCUUUGUUUAUGAAGUUGGAGAGAGCUGCAUCUCAUCGCUAGGACGAAACAAAAAUGCAGACAAAUGCCAUUCACUGAACCGUCGACAAAAACCACCCAGGCAGAACCCAGAACCAACCAGGAACCCUUCUGGUCUCUCUUGCUGUCCUGAUGAUGAAAAACUACCUUCUGCAAGUAUGACCUUUGAGGCCUGCAUUUUUUGCGGGCCGCAUACUGAUGGCUUUGCUGGAGACCCGAAGCUCAUCAAGAACGUCGAGUACAUUGCGAACUGCUUCCGGGAGCAAAAGUCGACUUCCUUAAAAGUGGCUGAGUGGAAGAAGGUGGCCAAGGUGAUGGACAGGUUCUUCAUGUGGAUCUUCUUUGCCAUGGUCUUCCUCAUGAGCAUACUCAUCAUUGGCAAGUCAUCGUGACCACAUAGGUUAUGUUCACUCAAUAUAAUCAUUGCUUGAAUGUAUGUACAUAUAAUCACACACAUACACACCUGACUAAAUAGAAUGCACAUUGCUUUCUCUAAUAUCAAAGUCUAGAAUGCCCAUGUUUUAGGUGAGAGUUCUUUAAAAACUGAGUGACUGAGACUUCCAGAAUAGCUUAUUACUUAAUGCCUGAGAGUUACAGAAUAGAAUGCAUAUGAUUGGCUGAGAGCUCCAGAAUAGAAAUGUGUAUGAUUGGACACAAGUUCCUGAAAAGAAUGCACAUAAUUUGCUGCUAGGUCCAGAAUAGAUUGUGCAGAGUUCCUUAAAAUAUGUUUGGGUGAGAGUUUAAGAAUUGAACAUGCAUGUUGUAUUUUAUAUUUAAUAAAUGGAGGGAUCCUGUUGUAUUGCUGUUUUGCUUUCACUAGAGGGUAGCAUCCUCUAAUACUCUAAGACUACUGUAAGUCAUACACGAUGAACAGAUGGGUAUCAGUAUGUAUAUCAAUCACCAACCAAAAACUGCUUUGGUUCUAAGACAAGUUUGAGUUUGACUUGUUGAAGAAUUCCUUGUGUUACAUUCUGGAAUUCUAUGAAAUGCUAUAAUUUUUUUAAAUGUUUGUUUGUUGUUGUUUUUUCUAUGGAAAGCAUUUCAUUGCAUCCAUACUGCAUGGGAGAGUGUGUGCAAGUGUGUGUGAGUGUGUCACAUUCCCUAAUCAGACUAAGGAUUAUGGAAUGUAAUCACUGAAUUUUUAACCGUUUCGUGUGUAUUAGAAUGGCCGAUUGAAUGUACAGCUUCUAGUCUCCAGUGUUUCUGAGUGAGUGUUGAAUCAGCAGCUCAGGAUGAAAAGCCAUUUCUAAGUGAGCGGCUCUCACAACGCAGAGAGCUGCUCCAUCUAAAUGCUUACGACUGCAAUUACCCAAGCCCUUUGCUCAAUCAGACCAGAUUUACUUCCAAACGACCAAUGAAUCCUGUCAUUAUACGAUGGCAGGGCCACAUCUGGAGCGUGCUGAUAGGAGAUGCACGUCGACUGACCAUCUUUAUGAGGAAGAGAGAGAAAGAGAGAAAGUGAAUAGUUUAUGAUGGCCCGCACUGUUCCUCUUGCUAUUAGAUCAUGGCUGCUUGCAGAUUUUUUUUUUUCUGACCAGAGAUGGUUAAGAUUUAUUAUUACUUUAGUUUACUUUUUAUCAAUGCCAUUAUGAGCAGCAGGUCCUAAAUUUUCUACAUUAGACUGUGAGUUUUAAUCCCAAACGUAAAUGCCAUUACACACACACACACACACACACACACACACACACACACACACACACACACACACACACACACACACACACACACACACACACACACACACACACACACACACACAGGUACAGUGCAAUGCAAGCUUUUUCAUAAAUCCUAACUCCUUGGGUCAGAGGAUUAAGUGUGUAACUAUGUGCCUUUAUUUAGAUGCUGU